AUGCAAAUAUCUCAUAUAGAUGACAAUGAAAUAGUUACUAAAACAUAAUAAAAAAUAAAAUAAAUAGAAACUGAAUUUUAAUAACUACAUAAUGAAAUCGAUAAUUAAAUUAUUUAAGAAAACUCUGAAGUGAUAGAAAGAAUAAUAACUAAAGCCUUAUAUUAAAAGUAUUUUUUUAAAAAAAAACUAAAUUUAUUAAAAAAAAAAAAAAGAUUAAUAUAAGCAUGUCGUAUAAAAUAUGAUAGAAAAAUUGAAUUUUAUUGUCGAGUUUAUGAUUUUUUAACGCCAAAAAAUUUUCAAAUAUAAAAUGAAUAAAUUCAAGAUGAUAUAAAUUUUGUAAAAGCAAAAUAAUAAAUAUAAAAUAUUGACUUUUAUUAAACACCUAGAGAUAAACUAACAUGUAUAGUAAAUGCAUGUAAAUUUAUGAGCAGUAUAAUUUCGAAUAGUAGCAAAAAUAAACCAACUGGAGCAGAUGAUGUAAUACCUGGUAUGAUGUAUUUAAUAAUAUAGAGUUUACCAGCAAGACCAUUAACAAAUUUAUAAUAUAUAUAAUCUUUAAGAAAUGAUUAAUAUUUAAAAGACGAAGAAUUUUAUUUUACUAUGUAUGCUAGUAGUAUUGAAUUAAUUGAAAAUUUAAAAAUUAAUGAUCUUGAGCAUAUUUCAGAAAAAGAAUUUAAUGAUUCUUUUAGAAAUAAUUAUAAAAAAUAUUAAUCUUUUUUGGAUGCUGUGGAUAUUGAGGAAGAAUAAAUUAAAAGAUAGAAUAUUUUUAAAUUAGUUCAAAAAUUAUAAACUGAAAUGGGUAAUUUUCAUUCUAGUUUUGAAAAUAAUUAAAUUAAAUUCCAUAAUAAACCAUUUUCUUAAAUUUAAUUGGGUGAUAUGUAAGAAUUAUAUAAUGAAUAUCAUAUUUUGCAUAAAAAUAUUAUUGACCAUUAAAUUGAUUUGCAAAAUUAAAUUAAUUUCUUAGAUAAAUAUAUUAAUUAGGGAAAUGUAAAUAACUAAACUAAAAGAUUUUUCGGUUUAUUCUGA